GGGCUAUUUGACAACCUUGCUUCCAAGUUCCUAGUCAUGUUCCAACAUCGUGCUAAGUAGGGUUUGCAAUUUGCAGAGUUCAAUUUUUCGCAUUCAUCGAGCGCCAUCCAUACAAGAUCCAACUAACACACUUUUGGUAUUAGAACAAUGGCUGAAGAUCUGGUGCUAGAUACUGCAAUCAGAGACUGGGUGCUGAUCCCUCUCUCUGUGGUUAUGGUUCUCAUAGGUGUGCUCCGCUAUUUUGUCUCUAAGCUUAUGCGCUCUUCUCAAACUCCUGAUGCCAAAAUUGUUAAAGAAGGGCAAGUGAUCCUUAGAGCUCGGAAUUUACGCGCAGGAGCAAAUUUUAUUCCUUCAAAGGCUUUUCGUGCCCGCAAGAUUUAUUUUUGUAACGAGGAAAAUGGUCUCUUGUUUGUUCCAAAGGGCCAAGCCCAGAAUCCCCAAGCACAGAUGUUCUCUGAUCCAAACAUGGCCAUGGAUAUGAUGAAGAAAAACCUUUCAAUGAUCAUUCCUCAGACUCUUACUUUUGCUUGGGUGAACUUUUUCUUUUCUGGAUUUGUAGCAGCCAAGAUACCCUUUCCACUGACACAGAGGUUUAGGUCGAUGUUACAGAAUGGAAUAGACCUUAGCACAGUAGAUGUUAGCUAUGUCAGCAGUCGUUCUUGGUACUUCCUCAAUCUGUUUGGAUUAAGAGGAUUGUUUAGUCUCAUCUUGGGGGAAGAAAAUGCUGUAGAUGAUACACAACGUAUGAUGCAAAUGGGUGGAUUUGGAUUUGAUCCUUCAAAGGGUCUGAGUGCUGAGAAAGACAAUCUUGACAUAACCCAGCAUGACUGGGCCUUACCAAAUUUCGAGCAGCGUGCUGAAGCUGUGUUGAGGAAAGUCAUCAGUUGAACAAUGUUGUGGAAUGGGAAGUUUGAUUGCUCGCAUAAUGCAGGAUAAGUACUUUCUAUUGUUGCGGUUGGAGCUUUACCAUCCAUGGCAAAAGAUAUUGCAGAUCAUGUUGGGAUCAUGAUUGUAUUAUUGAACUAAACAUUUUUCAUUUUAAUAUCAGAAAACAUUGUCCCGAUUUUGUUGAAACCAGAACUGAAAUUAUUCAUUCUUGCAUAUGUUUUUCUGAAUGCGCAUAACAUAAGCAUUAAGACUUCUCAUGAAAUGUUGAGAGCCUUGUAAAGUUGUUGAGCCUUGUAAAGUGUUUGAAGUCCUAUCCUUUAUGUACCUUC